UCAGUAUCCUCUCUAAAGACGACAAUGAGUCUCACCGCUAAGGACAAGGCCGUGGUCAGGGCCUUCUGGGCUAAGGUGUCCGGCAAGGCUCAGGACGUCGGAUGCGAUGCUCUUUCUAGAAUGCUGGUGGUGUACCCCCAGACCAAGACAUACUUCUCCCACUGGCCGGACCUGAGCCCCGGUCUGCCCCGGUCAGGAAGCAUGGUAACUAUCAAGAUCGACGACCUCAAGGCAGGUCUCCUCACCCUCAGCGAGCUGCACGCCUUCCAGCUGUGUAUAGAUCCAGCCAACUUCAAGAUCCUGUCCCACAACAUAUUGGUGGUACUGGCCAUUUUGUUCCCCGCUGACUUCACCCCAGAGGUUCAUGUGUCCGUGGACAAGUUCCUGGCCGCACUGGCCCUGGCUCUGGCCGAAAAGUACUAA